UGUUAUUUGUCUUGAAAAUGAUACUAAAUGUAUCGAAACGUCGACAGUAAUAAAAUAAAUUGUUAUAUCUAUUAACAAAAUGUCAAUAAAAAGAUUUAAAGCUGCUGUUAACUCUAUCAUAUUCAUUUGUAAGCAGCCACAACCGGUUUCAUUCUUGCUUAAGGGACUCGUCAGGUGGCAUAGAAUCGGUUUCCUCCCUCAUACGAAAGAGGACCCCUUCGAUGGCGCAUCUAUUUGUUGACCUAAAUGAUAUGUCAAUAAAAGAACAUUUUUUAACGUAUUGUCAAGCUCCAUCAUCGACAGGAGAAGCCUUAUCUGAUAUUAUUUUAGAAGAAGUUAACAUAUGUAAUCUUGAUAUGAAUAGCUGUCGCGGUCAAGGUUAUGAUAAUGGUUCAAAUAUGGUUGGAAAAAAUAAGGAUGUUAGGACCAGGAUAAACAAACAAUUUAUAUCCGAGAGCAUUUUUUAAUCCGUACUAUGUCGUUAACGUAAGUUUCUCAUUUCUUUUGGUCGUUUCCAGAUCGACACAAGAGUGCGAUACUUCAUUUCAUACAUAUCAUAAUUUCAUGCAUUUCAUCAUUUCAUACAAUCGCUUUCCUCCCUCAUACGAAAGAAGACCCCUUCGAUGGCACAUCUAUUUCUAGAUGCGUUCAUUUGAAGCUUAUGCUGCGAAAGAGCAGGUUGUCUGGCUUUUAGGUUAGAGUAUGCUGGUCUAUUCAGACACCGAAGGAGUUCUCUUUCGUAUGAGGGAGGAAACCGAUUCUAUGCCACCUGACGAGUCCCUUAACCAAGGACGAAAUCGCUCGUGGCAGCUUUUCCGUGGCUGCUUCAGAGUUUUUUGGUUUGGGGAAGAGAUGUGAUGAAGAUAACAAUUAGGAAAUGAAAUGGUUUGCCCUCGUUAUUAGGGCGAAAAAUCAGCUUGUCGUCGCUAUUAGCGAAAAAAGCUGGAGUCGUGAUUAGGGUCACCCUUUUUUAGAUUGCUUUCAAAUAUCUUCUUGUCAAAUUAUGUAUUUCACCAAAACACAGUCGUUUUCUCAUGGACCUUUGGAUUAUGAUAGAAUUCGACAUGGUCUCCAAAAUUGCGAAAGGGAUCUUUAGUACUUUUCCGCAUAAGAAACAUGAAAAACAUGUUUCUUUUCAAGAAAUAACAUUUUGACUAGGGGUGUCAGGAUUUCCGUUCCUUCGGGUUUCGUUCCCAAGUAACACGUAAACAUUUGAUAAAUCGUUUUUGCGUGUUUUUUCAACACACUAGAAAAAUGCUUAAGUAUUAGGUUCUUUUCACUAGUUCGUUUUAUAAAAUUCAGCUUCAAUCAUUGAAUUUUGUUUUUAUUAAAAAGAACUUCCAUUAUGUCGAACGCCACGAAAUUACCAACUAUGCCGAUUUAUAUAUGGCUCGAUUCCAGUGCUAAUUCAAAUAGUCACAGUUUAAAUAUGCUAGAAAAACACUUAAAAACAAAACUAGCAAAUUUAAAAACAUUUAAUAAUAUUGAUGAUUUCAAAGAAUUUAUACAAACGUAUGCAGAUGAAACCUUUGUACUUCUCGUAUCGGGAACAUACGGACGUCAAAUUGUACCAGAAAUACAUAGUUUACCACAAUUAUUGGCUGUCUAUGUUUACUGUUCGAAUAAAGCGCGAAAUGAAGAAUGGGCAAAAGAAUAUAUUAAGAUCGAAGGUAUAUCCACUGAUGUUAAUGAUCUGGUUGAACGCAUUUUAUCCAAAUUUGCGUCGGCAUCUGUAGCUGAUUCAUUUAGAUGUUCGUCAGCAUUCAUAACUAAUCCAUCUAUAUUGCCGUCCGAAUAUUCAAUCAAUCAUGAAGUCAUCUGGUUGCGUCUUUUUAUCGAAAUACUUAUUUGCAUGAAUGAUACUAACGAAGCGAAAGAUGAUAUGCUAAGGUUUUGGAGAGAAGCUUAUGUAAAUGAUGAGAAACAACUUAGAUAUGUAGAUGAAUUUGAAGGGACAUUCCACCCAUCACGUGCUAUUUGGUGGUAUACUCGAGAGUGUAAGCUCUAUUACCUUCUGGGAAGAGCUUCACGAUUUAAGGAUUACAAUGACUUGUAUAAGCUUCGCUUUAUAAUCAAAUAUAUAUAUCUACAAUUGCAAGAAGAACAUCAACGAUACAUGGAAGAGAGCUACAAAUCUUGCUUUACUGCCUAUCGGGGACAACGUAUACCAUUUGACGAAUUAGAACUCUUAAAAACGAAGAUUGGAUCAUUGUAUUCCUUCAGAGGCUUACUUAGCGCUUCAAGUAGGCUAGACAUCGCUAUGGCCUUUGUUAAACAUGCUACAAAUGACGCUACCCAAGCAGCAGUACUGUUUAGAAUUGUAACUAACACGGAACAAAAGACAAUGGCUUAUGCUGACGUUUCCAAGCUAACUGACUUUCCUGGCGAAAGUGAAGUAUUAUUCAUGUUUGGUACGAUAUUUCAAGUGAAUAAUGUACAGAACGACAGCUAUCAAAACAUGUGGAUUAUUGAACUUUCACUCUGUGAAGAAGAUGAUCCUCGCCUAAAAGAUAUGAGUAUUUAUAUAAAACAUGAAAUUAAAGACAGAGCCGACUUGAUUACAUUAGCUAAUUUAUUCGUUAGGAUGGGAGAAUAUGAUAAGGCAAAAGAAUACUAUUGCAAGUAUCAAAGCAAACUAUCAGCUGACGAUUCUAAUGUAAAACGUGUCUGGAAUGGUCUCUCAAAUUUAGCUGAUAUCGAAGGAAAUUACUAUAUAUCAUUGAAUAAUUACGCAAAAGCACAUGAAUGUUUUAAUGAACAGUUAAAAUUAUGUCAAAAUUUACCGAGUUACCAUCCACAAAACGGUAUGUGUUACGCAAACAUUGCUAGUCUAUGCGAACUCGAAGGGCAAAAACGUCUGGCUUUGAAAAAUUAUCAGAAAGCACAUAAAAUCUAUAUACAAUCACUUCCAGCGUAUCAUCCAGAUACAACGAAAGUAGAACAGGCCAUCGAAAACUUAUCAUCUCAUUCGCAUUCCACAGUCCCGAACACAAAAACAACAACGUCAACCGUGAAAUCUUCGAAUACUAGUGAACCGCAAGAAAUGAGUGAAAAAGUAUCAAGUGUCAACGUAAAUCUUGAAACAUUUCUCAUCGUUUGGCUGGACGCAAAUGUCAAUACGACAAAAGAUAAUGAGGAAACGUAUAAUGAGUUACGUUCAAGUUUUAAUUACAUCAAAACAUUUGACGAUUUAUCAACGUGUCAAGAAUAUAUCGAAGGCGUUAAACUUGAAAAGAUUGUUCUCAUUGUGUCUGGCGGUUACGGUAAAGACAUUGUACCACAUAUUCACAAUCUGGCACAAGUAAAUUGUAUUUACGUUUAUUGUGCUGACAAAGGACGACACGAAGAAUGGGCGAGGAGUUACUCAAAGGUACAAGCAGUUAUUAUUAAGCGCAAGAAGCUAAUCGAAAAUAUCAUCGAAGAUCAAAGAAUUCGUAAUCUGACCGAAGAUCCUGUUCCAAUGAGUAUUUUAAAUCAAAGGGCAGUAUCCAAAGAAAUGACGGCUAAAGAUAUUUCAAAAGAAAUGGGUUCAAUCUUAUGGUUUCAAUUGCUCGUCGAAGUGCUACUACGAAUGCCAAACGAUGCGAAUGCUAAAAUGGAACUACUUCAGACUUGGCGCGAAAAUUAUAUUGGAAAUACUUCUGAAUUAGACAUUAUUGAUCAAUUUGAACAUCAAUUUAAACAAAGCAAAGCUGUCUGGUGGUAUACUCGUGAAUCUUCAUUGUACCGUAUAUUAAAUAAAGCCUUGAGAGAACAAUCCAUUGACAUCAUAUUCGCAUUUCGUUAUUUCCUAACUAAACUAUCAAAACAAGUUUCAAAGUUGUACGAUAACUAUAUGGAUAAUUUCAAAUCUGAUAACAUAGAAGACAAUGGCAAGCGCAUCAUUCAUGUUUAUCGUGGACAAGCAAUUACCAAAGAAGAGCUUGCACAGAUGCGAGCAAGUAUUGAUGGUUUUAUUUCUAUUAAUAGUUUCUUUUCUACAAGCCGGAGUAAAACGAAAGCACGACGAUUUGCUAAACGAUCACCCGUCACUGAACAACUCGAUCGUGUAUUAUUUCGAAUUAAAAUUGAUGUUUGUUUGCCAACAAAACCUUUUGCUGAUAUUGAAGGAAUUAGUUCCCAUCCGGAUGAACGAGAAAUCUUAUUUAUGCUCGGAUCUAUUUUUCGUAUUAACGAUAUUACUUACGACGAAAAUGAUGCAUUGUGGAUACUAAAUUUGAAUCUUUGUAGUGAAGACGAUUUUGAACUUAAAGAACUCUUCGCUUAUCUGAAAAAAGAUAUUGGAGAAGAAACAUCAAUGGUAACAUUGGGAAAUAUUCUAGUUCAAAUGGGUGAAUAUGAUAAAGCUGAACGAAUAUUUCUACGAAUUAAUCAUCACGAAGGACUUAUUGCAGUUGAAGAACAUAAAGGAAAUUUUUAUUUAGCAAUGAAAAACUACAAGUGUGCUGUUGGUCAUUAUGAACAGGCAUUGAACCUUCGUUGUAAAUUUUUUCCUACGUAUCAUCCAGACAUCGGUAAAAGUUAUGGCGAAAUUGCAAUGGCAUUUGAAUUUUGGAAACAAUAUCCCAAAGCUAUUGAUUAUUAUCAACGCACUAUUGAACAUUAUCGGUUUACAUUGGUAGACAAUCACCCGUUGAUUAUACAAGCUAAGAAUAGUUUACAAAAACUUCAACGAUGA